AUGUCUACCACCUCUACCCCAUAUUCUUCCACUUCGACGCCAGCAACACUAGUUCAUGACGGUGCCAUUCACGACUUUGAGGAUCCCCUUCACGAAUACGACACACCACCCACAAUACUAAUGCCGGGCUCAGAACAUCUGCUCAUUUGUACGGCGUGUGGUACACAAUUUGAUGCUGAAGAUCGAUCCAUUCUUACCAGAUGUCGAAUAUGUGAUGAUCCUAGGCAAUUCGUUCCGCCGACUGGUCAAUCCUUCACAACUCUUGCGCAGUUAAAAGCUGGUGGAGAAUAUAAAAACAAAUGGAAACAAUUCGGAGACGAUGAAAGAUUUUGGAAUAUAUGGACCGAACCUAAAUUUGCAAUUGGACAACGAGCGAUACUGAUCAAGACACCGCUUGGAAAUGUUUUGUGGGAUUGUAUAACAUAUUUGGAUGAUGAUACGGUGGAUUGGAUUCAUGGAUUGGGUGGAUUGGCGGCGAUUGUGAUAUCUCAUCCACAUUAUUAUACUACACAUUUGGAUUGGGCAGAGAUAUUUGAUUGUCCAGUGUAUUUGAGUUGGGAGGAUAAGAGUUGGCUGAAUCGACUUGACCGGAUGGGAAAGGCAAGGACAUUUAUCGAGGGGAAAGAGGAAGAUCUUGAGAUACGGGGUGAGAAGACUGGUGUUAAGAUGUUGAAGCUUGGUGGCCACUUCCCUGGGAGUUUAGUGUGUCUCGCUCAUGAAAGAUUACUGGUAGCGGAUACCUUGGUAACGACACCAAGUGCUUUGGGAGAUUGGAGUAAAGGUCCUGGAGGAGGGAAGAACACAAGACCGGAUGGAAUGAAUAGUUAUGCUUUCAUGUGGAGCAUACCCAAUAUGAUACCCUUGAGUGCGGAUGAGGUAGUUGGGAUGUGGGAGGUCUUGAAGCCGCACAGUUUCUCGAGUACACAUGGAGCUUUUAUGAACAUGGAUGUGGUAGAUGGAAGUAAUGGGAGCGAUAAAGGAGUUAAGCAGAGAAUACUUGAAAGUAUGCAGAUUCAAGUGAGGAGAAUGGGUUGGAAUAGCCAUAUUUUCUUGAAAGAGAAUUUGAAAGAGCUGGAAGAAGAGAUUCUAUGA